AUUGGGGCUUAACUUGUGACCCUGUCCACAAGGGUCCCGAGGAUGAAUGCUGCCCGACUCCACGAACCCAGAACUUGUCCCAAGAAGCUGCCGUCUCUGUUCCCGGGAGUCGCAAAGCAGCAAGUCAUUUCCGCCCGUUUUCCAGGGUCGCCUCUGAGAAGGUCUGUGGUAAUCUAGAGGAAGGUAAUCUAGGUGGAAGGUAACCUAGAGGAGGAGCGCGGGGCUGGCACCCUGGACAGGAGCCCGGGUGGAAGAGGAGAGGAGGGGGCGAGGUGGAGUCGGGGAAGCGGAGCCCGGCUCCGAUUGGCCCAGAGGACCCCGCCCCUCCUGACUGCACCCGGAAAAGUGGCUGAGCCUCCGGGCAAACAACAGCGGCGCCACCGUGACAGAGAAAGAUGGCUGAGUACCUGCGGCUGUCCCACUCGCUGGCGCUGAUCCGCCUCCGAAACCCGCCGGUAAACACGAUCAGUUUGUCUGUAAUCCGUGGAAUAAGAGAGGGACUAAAGAAAGCUGCGUUGGACAACACAAUAAAAGCCAUUGUGAUUUCUGGAGCAGGUGACAACUUUUGUGCAGGUGCGGAUAUCCAUAGCUUCAGAGCUCCUACAUCCUCUGCUGAAGGACUGGGACUUUUAGUAGAUGAAAUUCAGAGAUAUGGAAAGCCCGUGGUGGCGGCCAUCCAAGGCGUGGCCUUAGGAGGGGGACUGGAGCUGGCCCUGGGCUGUCACUACAGGAUUGCCCACGCACAGGCUCAAAUUGGUUUCCCAGAAGUCACAAUAGGGAUUCUUCCCGGUGCAAGAGGAACCCAACUUCUCCCCAGACUCAUUGGAAUUCCAGCUGCCCUUGACUUAAUUACCUCAGGAAGACAUAUUUUGGCAGGUGAAGCACUUAAGUUGGGUAUUUUGGAUGAAGUUGUGAACUCAGACUCACUGAAAGAGGCAAUCAAAUUCACCCAGAAAAUUUUAGAUCAACCUCUAGAACCUCGCAGAACCCUCAACAGGCCAGUUCCCAGCUUGCCCAACAUGGACACCAUUUUCAGUGAAGCGUUUGUGAAGAUGAGGAAGCUGUACCCUGGGUACCUUGCUCCAGAGACCUGUGUCCGUUCAGUCCAGGCCUCUGUGACGUACCCGUAUGAGGAAGGCAUCAAGAAAGAGGAGCAGCUGUUUCGGUACCUUCAGGAAUCUGGGCAGGCCAGAGCCCUGCAGUAUGCUUUCUUUGCUGAGAGAAGUGUAAAUAAGUGGUCAACCCCAUCUGGGGCGUCCUGGAAAACAGCUACUGCACGGCCCAUCUCCUCAGUUGGUGUUCUUGGCUUGGGAACAAUGGGUCGAGGCAUUGCCAUUUGUUUUGCAAGAGUCGGGAUCCCUGUAAUUGCUGUAGAAUCAGACCAAAAGCAGCUAGAAGCUGCAAAGAAGAUGGUAACUUCCACCUUGGAAAAGGAAGCAGCCAAAAGCAUGCAGCAGAGUGGCCAACGUGCGUCAGGGCCAAAGCCUCGGUUCAGUUCAUCCAUGAAGGAGCUUGCCAGUGUCGACUUAGUCAUCGAAGCAGUAUUUGAGGACAUGAGCCUGAAGAAGCGGGUCUUUGCUGAACUGUCAGCUGUGUGCAAGCCAGAAGCUUUGUUGUGCACCAAUACUUCAGCCCUGGACGUGGAUGAGAUCGCUGCUUCCACUGCUCGUCCGCAGAUGGUCAUCGGCACCCAUUUCUUCUCCCCUGCUCAUGUCAUGAAGUUGGUAGAGGUUGUUCCCAGCCGACACUCUUCCCCCACUACCAUUGCCACUGUCAUGACCCUCUUGAAGAAGAUUAAAAAGGUUGCAGUAGUUGUAGGCAAUUGUCAUGGGUUUGUUGGGAAUCGAAUGUUGAAACGUUAUUUUGCCCAGGCUUGUUUCUUGUUAGAAGAUGGCAGUAAGCCAGAGGAUGUAGAUCAGGCAAUGGAAGAGUUUGGCUUUAAAAUGGGGCCUUUUCGAGGGUCUGACCUUGCUGGCUUAGAUGUGGGCUGGAAAAUUCGCAAGGGGCAAGGUCUUACUGGGCCUGAGCUGCCUCCAGGAACUCCUGCCCGAAAGCGAGGCAAUGCAAGAUACAGUCCCAUUCCUGAUAUGCUCUAUGAAUUAGGACGGUUUGGCCAGAAGACAGGUCAGGGUUGGUAUCAAUAUGACAAGCCAUUGGGUAGGGUUCACAGGCCUGACCCCUGGCUUUCCAAAUUCCUGUCUGAGUACAGAGAGACCCAUCACAUCAAACCACGUGUCAUUCAGCAGGAGGAGAUCCAGGAGCGCUGCCUGUACGCAGUGAUCAAUGAAGCCUUCUGUAUCUUGGGAGAAGGGAUGGCUGCCAGCCCAGAGCACAUUGAUGUGGUCUACUUGCAUGGGUACAGCUGGCCACGCCACAGGGGAGGGCCCAUGUUCUAUGCCUCCACAGUGGGGCUGCCCACAGUUCUAGAGAAGUUGCAGAAGUAUUACCAGCAGAAUCCUGAUAUUCCCCAUCUGGAGCCCUGCAACUAUCUAAAAAAGCUGGCUUCCCAGGGAAACCCUCCUCUGAAAGAAUGGCAGCACCUGGCUGGGCCGCCUAGCAGUAAAUUGUGAUUCAGCCUUCCAGGUUGGGCCCACAUGCUAGCAUCACAGAAAACCUCAUUGAAUUUCAGUGAAAUUAAAUACAAAAGUGUGAAGCAAGAUCAUUCUGAAAUAUAAAACAAAGAAAUAAUCAGUUAAAACUUCUCCAUGAUUCUAAUCUUUAGAAAAUGCUUCCUAUGACUCUGAAUCUGCCCUUAUUAUUAAAUUCAAUGAAUGAUCUUGUGUUAGUAUAAUACCAUGCUAUCUGAUGAGAGAGCCUUGGGAAUAAGUUGAGAUUCCAAGUGCUUUGGUUGUUGGAGAAAUAUGCCAUCGAUUCAUAAAUGAGAAAUGCAUCUUAGUCAUAAAUUUAUUUUGGCCUCUUAGCCUUAUGUACACAGUACAGAUGGAGGUCUUAUGGGUGAUAUAUUCACAAGCAUUCACUAAGUCUCUCCUGAACAGCUCUGACCAUCUUAGGGACCUAGAGUCUUAGAGGCCUAGAGUCCAGUGGGGCAUUAAACCAGCACAGCAGCCUGUGUUGGUGUUCUGACCAACUUGGAGGCGCCGUGGAGAAAGUUGGCAGGGCAGAGUCAGCAGUGUGUAGGCAUAGAAACCUGCAGGGGUAGUAACCUGACAGAGGCAAAACACAGGCAGGCAUUGCUGACAAGGCCAAGAAUGUUAGACCAGAAGGGGGAAUUGGCGGGUAGCUUGGCAGGUCAUACUCAGCGUAAAACUUCUGUCCAAGGCCCAAUCUCACAAACAUAGUCACUCUUGAUGCUUAGAAAGGGGCUUAGUAAUGUUUGAUCAUUUCCCCAAGACAGGCAAUGUCUGCAACCCAGGCUUUACUUUUCUAUUCAAAGUGAGGCAACAGAGGUGGUAAGUUGUUAGCUUAGUGGGAUCUUAGAGUACAUGUAGUCUUCAGCGAUUUCUUAAUUUGUGACGGCGUUAUGAUGCCAGGUUCCCCUGUCAGCAUAAGCCUUCCUGGUGUUAUAUAUGGAAACAGCUAAAUCUUGAAACAUCUAAAACAAAUUUUGUGUAAUUGCAAAACAAAUUUUGUAUAAUUUCACUAUAACUGCAAGAAUUCUAUUUCACUUUUUGCCUUAUGUGGUUAAAAGUUAAGGGCAUGAUCAACACAAAAACAUGUACAGAAAUGUUGAUAGCAGAAUUCUUUAUAAUAGCCCCAAAUUGGGAACAACCAAAGGUCCAUUAUCUGACAAGUGGGUAAACUAAAUGAAGUAUGUCCAUACAGUGGACUAUUAUUCUGCCAUAAAAUGAAGAUAAAGCACUGAUACAUGUCACCAUGUGAUGAACUUUGAAAACAUUAUGCUAAGCGGAAGUAGACAGCCACAAAAGACCACACAUUUUAUGAUUAUCUGUAUGCAAUGUUCAGAAUAAGCAAAUCUAUGGAACCAGAAGGUAAUCGCAGUUUAUGAAGCUGAAAUUAUAGAUGGUAAAGAAAGGGAAG